CGACUUAAAUUGGAAGUCUGUGGAGUUUCUGCAACACAGGUGUGAAGCUGCGAAACGCGCGCGCCUCCACGAUAGCACCGCCAGAGCCAGAUCGGCGGGCAAAUGAGCUAACUCUCUAACGGGACCUCUGCCAAUCGCAUUUCGCUCAUUUGAAACCGUCAUGGCCACUCUGAUAACUGCGCUGUGCACCAAUUCAACAUAUAAAAAAUACUACCUUUUACAAUCAAGUUGCUGUUUGUGGAGAAAGGUCUGUCGUCCAGCCAGCACGUCCUCCGAGGUUUCAACAGCGCUCCGGCCUUUUUACUUUGUCGUCCACCCUGACUUGUUUGGCCAACACCCCAAAGAAAGAGCUGCCAAUGAAACGGCCUUGCAGCAACUGAGUUCAUAUAUUGAAACUGUACUAAGAAGCCAGACGCCGGUACCUACAGAACUUCGGUUUUUUCUCAAAGGGGAAAAAGGUCUAAAACCAACUCCACUGAGAGAGGUUAGAGUUGCUCUAAAAUCAAGGGACCUACAGCAAGUUGUUACCAGUGUUCUGAAAUCAUGUUCGCUGCCGACAGAGGCAGCCAAAAAAAUUCCAGUUGUAGAGAAUGUGAAAAAAGAGGACCGGUUUGAAAGAGAUUUUACCAAGUACAAAGCAAACAAGAGCGAUUUCCAGUUUCGCGAAGAAGUCCGACAGGAGAGGGCGAGCUUCACUUUGACGUCAUGGCUAGAGAAAAACCGAGACGAAUCAAGACAGAGACAAGAAGCGGCAGCUCCUACCCGAGAGGAAGCGCUGCGCCAGAGUCAAGCGUUAGCAAAAUCUCUGCAAUUAAAAGAGGUCAAGUGGGACUGUGGCUGGAGCCAAGCUCAUUUUAUAGGUUGCCUUCAAAGCCUCCAGACACUUACGAACGACCACCCUGAUCUCUUAGCAGUUUUGAAGGGUCGAAGGCUAGUUUUUGGAAACGAAACUGGAGUCAGUUUGGACGGUCUAGUCAUGAUCAACAGUGCAGAACCUAGACAUAAUUGGCUAGAGUUGGUAAAACAAAUUCCCAAGGCGGACGAAGCGCUAAAAAGAAUCCCUAGUUUGGAACAAGCAGUUUCAGGCUUGUUAAAGGAUAUCAUGGUCGUGAGGAGAAAGUUUCAGCAAAAAGUGCUAGUCUCAGAAUACGAAGCAAUGCUGAGAAGGUUGGCAACAAGUUUAAAUGAUUACAGAGGAUUCAGAAAUUACCCGGCAGAGUGGCCUGAAUCCCUCAAGAAUUUCCGAUUGGUAGUAGAAACGGCUGCUGGACCUUUAAUGUUAUCCCCAACAGGACAGUUUAUUGUCCCUUCGUCAUGUCCUGCAUUUCUCUUGGUGAAUUUUCUAUCAUCAAACUUAGACAAAGCUAAAAGCGUUCUUGCAAAGUAUCAAAGUGAUAAAAUGUUGGAGAAGAUAUUGAAAAAACAGGUACUAGUUCAUUUGGGCCUAGAUGACCUGAGAAAAGAUGACGCUGUCACGCCAGAACGGAUGGUUAAGUGCUGUGAAAGACUUCUGGAUGCUAUUCCAAUGGUGGGGGACAAUUUAAAGGGCGCAGAACUGAGAAUUACCCAUUACUACUCUGUUCAUGCUGAUGGUGAAGUGUGUGUUCCAUGGGAUUGGACUAUUUAAAUAAUUUUAAAUAUUUUUUGGUGGGCAAAAAAUUAAUUUGAAAUUUAAAUUUAAAUACCUCUUAACAAAAAUAGCUUGAUUAAUGUCGAUUUAAUUUUAUGUGAUUGAAUUCCUGUGAUUAAUUAAGAUCAAUGUCAAAUUAAACAUUUAAAGCUCAUUAAAUUAAAAAUUUAUGCAAUAUAAA